AUGGCGUCUCCAAAGGACACAGUGCGGAUUCUCGUCCUCAACCCGAACUCGUCGACCGACAUGACGCAUGGCGUCGAGGAGGCCCUUCGCAGCAUCGACCUUCCCACGUCAAUCCAACUCUCGACCUACACGGCACCCAAGGACAGUCCGGCCAGCAUCAACGACGGCGACGACCUCGAAAAGAGCACGGCCGUCGUGCUGGACGAUUUUGAUCUCGUGCAUGCCGCCCAGAACUACGACGCAAUCCUCGUCGCCUGCUUCAGUGUCCAUCCGCUGGUGGCCAAGCUGAGCGACCUGCUGGCCGACCGUGGCGUCGUCGUCACGGGCAUCUUUGAGGCCAGCAUCCUCACGGCGUUGUCGCUGCUGCCGCCGUAUGCGCUGGGUACGAGCAACGGUACCGGGGCCUUCAAGACAUGGGGCGUUGUGACAACGGGCAAGUUCUGGGAGGAGCACCUGACGGCGGGCGCGGCCGCGUACUUGGGAGCGGAGCAGCACGAAACGGCGCGCAGCGGCAAGUUUGCCGGCAUUUACUCGACCGGCCUCAAUGCGGGCGAUUUCCACGGCGGCGUGUCGCCCGAGGUGAUUCGGGAAAAGCUCAAGACGGCGGCGAAGCAGCUGCUGGCGAGCUCGGAUGUGGCCUGCGUGGUGAUGGGCUGCGCCGGCAUGGCUGGGCUGGAAGAGAUCAUCCGCGACGCGGCGCGGGAGCAGUACGGCGCCGAGGCGGGCAACCGCCUUCUCAUCGUCGACGGUGUCAAGGCCGGUGCGGGUCUGCUGGACCAGGCCGUCAAGAACGCCCGCUUGUUCCGGGCGUGA